AGGAGGCGCGGUCAGCUACCUCCAUGGCUGUGUUGGUACGGUCUCCGAGUGGCCAACUCUGGCGUCUCCUUCCUCGCAAACUCUGGCUUUGGAAACCAGCGGAGAGGACAGCGAAGGUCUUGCUGAGGCAGUUCUGUGCGCGGCAGGAAGAGGUGUGGCGGAUCUCUGGGAGCGCUGGCACCCGCCCGGGAAGCCGGCCCUUCAGCACAGGGCUGCCGCCACCCCCGGGGUCAUCAGGGCCCGAGCCUAAGGGUCACAGAGACCCCACGCGCCCCUCGAAGCCCGGGCCUGUUUCCUGGAGGUCUUUAGCAAUCACCUUUGCUAUUGGUGGAGGUUUACUGGCUGGAAUGAGGUACUUCAAGAAGGAAAAGACAGAAAAGCUGGAGAAGGAUCGGCAUCGAAGCAUUGGAAAGCCUUUACUUGGGGGACCAUUUUCCCUUACAACCCAUAUUGGAGAGCCUAAAACUGACAAGGACUACCUGGGUCAGUGGGUGUUGAUUUACUUUGGUUUCACUCAUUGCCCUGAUAUCUGUCCAGAAGAACUGGAAAAAAUGAUUCAAGUUGUGGAUGAAAUAGAUAGUAUUCCAACUCUGCCAAAUUUAACUCCACUUUUCAUCACCAUUGAUCCAGAAAGGGACACAAAAGAAGCCAUUGCAAAUUAUGUAAAAGAAUUUUCUCCCAAACUGGUUGGCUUGACUGGCACAAAAGAAAAUAUCGAUCAAGUGGCCAGAGCAUACAGAGUGUAUUACAGCCCUGGCCCCAAGGAUGAAGAUGAAGACUACAUAGUGGAUCAUACAAUAAUAAUGUACUUGAUUGGACCAGAUGGUGAGUUUUUAGAUUAUUUUGGCCAGAACAAGAAGAAUGCAGAAAUAGCUGGUUCGAUUGCUGCACAUAUGCGGGCCCACAAGAAGGCACAUAUAAAGAAGAGCUAGCCAGAGCGGUAACACUGGAUACAGUGUUCUCUUGCCAAAGAGGAAGAAAGCUUUGUCUCCCCCAAGAACUGGUGUGUGUGUGUGGGUGUGUGUGUGUGCGUGUGUGUGUGUGUGUGUGUGUGUGCAACCUAAAGAACAGCCUUCAUACCACGAGAACGUAUGUAUUUUACACAGGAUAUUACCCUAAGGUUCAGCCAAGAUUCUUAGAACUCUGAAGCUUAAAGCCAGUCUCCCAAGUAGCCACCAUGGGUCCAGAGGACCAAGUUAAAGCGAGGCCAAUGGAGAGCCUACCUCACUGUACCAUAGCAGGGAGAGGCUUGUGGUGCAAGUGCCCCUGGGAAUAGGGCCUCUAAGCAACAUCACCACCUUGUCAGUGUCUCGGACUCUUGCUUAUACAGAUUGUAGAGCUGAAUUUUACAGAAAAGAAUGUAAUUUCCAUAGUGUUGCAUUCCUCAUCUUGAGUUCUUUGUGGCCGAUAACUGUCAGGUCAGGCUCUCUGCUCUUCAAAGUUAAUCUUUAUACUUGAAAGCAAAAAUUGAGUCUUUCUUGAUAACCAGCAUCACUGUCAUGUUGCAUUUCAUUCCCCCAUCAGCAGAUGCUGAUUUGACCAGUGAGGAGGAAAGAUCUAUUGUUUGGAGAAAACCUUAGUUUGAUUCCUUGAUGGGUCUUCUUGUGAUGUUUUUUUAACUGAAUGAUCUUCUAUACCAAAUGGAAAUAAGAGGAUUGAUCAUGAAAAUGUGAUGCAGAAUAUUUUUCUGCACUUACCAGAUUUUACUAUAUAUGAAAUAAAGAUGUGUUAGAUUUGCAAUUUGGACAAGCAUGAAUUGUCUCCUGGGUAAAGAGUGGAUGUGUGGAUGGCAGCCCAUAGCACCCAGCACAGAGACCCACACUCUAACGUGGGUGGGUAGAUGAGUACUGGUUUUUUGUUUUUUUUUUUGUACCGGGGAUUGAACUCAGGUCCUUGGACUUGCAAGGCAGGCCACUGAACUGCUGAGCUAAAUCCCCGGCUAGAUGGGUACUCUUUAAAUACAGACUCCCAGGCCAGAGCUGAUACACUGAGGUGGAGAGGAUUCGGAGGCCUGCAUUCCACACUGUUAUCUGGCAACUCACACGCUGGGAAUGGCUCAACACUUAAGUGCUAAACUUUAUACCGUGGUACCUCAGUUCACAAACUUAAUUAGGUCCACAAUUCUGGGGGAAAUGGCCAUGUCCGUGUUCAUGCUAUUAGAUGACCAUGGCUGUAUUCGUCACCAAUGGCAGAGUUGGCAAACAAAAACAAAAUUUUGCCAAACAGUUCUGCUUUUCAACUAAAUUAUUCACAAAUGUGUACAUGAACCAAGAUAUCACUGUACAUGUGUCAGUGGGAAAAAGGAAGGGAAGGAGGGAAAAGAAAGAAAACUGUGGCUAUUUAGCUGAAGCAUGUUAUAUUGGGAUUUAAAGAGGUAAGUAAAUUAGGUGUAGGCCCUCCCUACACUAAUAUUAUUGAUGCCAAGAAAAUAAGAAAACAAAACAAACAGGAUACAUGAAAACAGGUAAGAUCUACUAGUCUCAAGAAACCUCUAGAAAAACCAACCCAGCUAGAACCUUGAUCUUGGACUUAGAAGCUCCAAAACCUUGAGAAAAUAAAUGUCCUAUGAACCAACUCUGUCUGCGGUGUUUUCUUAAGACAGCCCCAGCAAACCAGUACAAUAGCUUAGUCUUUAAACAACUAUAAGAUUUAGUUCAUCCUGAAAGUAGUUGGUUUGGAAUGACUUUCUCAGGAACCUUAUCAAGAAAGUGAGGAACUUUAAGACUAGUCUCUUCUAAGAAGAGAUUAAAGAUCUAAAAUGUCAAAUGUUUUAAAACAUGGUCUGUUUUAAGCCACAGACAUUUGUGUGGAUCACUUUGCAGCAAGCUUGCUCUCAUAGAAAAUGUAGUCUUCAUUCUCAGCUGUUGCAGGUUGGAGCUUGAGUAAUGAUCCAGAAAGGGAACAGCAGCUUUUUAAGAAAUGUUUCAUUUGCUCUUCAUUGCAGUGUCAAGCUUAAAGGCUUAGAGUAAGGAGGAUAGAGGGAGAGCUGGGGCCUCCGAAAUGAUCCUUUCUGCGAAGGGACACGCCUUGAUUAUUGGGCACAAAACUUGAGUCUCAAGUUUCUAUUCUGGUUCCUGCUCAUUCCACUGCUAUGGGAUGCCUGGGGUAACCAUGUGACCACAUCCAAAUCUAGGGUUCCAUGGGGCACCAAUGACUAGACCAUCCUGGCUAAUCAAAGUCGGCUACAAUCAAGUCUCACAGAUCUGAGUAGGUUAGAGCAUUUACUUUAGUGGAAUUAAUAUUUUAAGAAAUGCCAUUUGUUUGAAAACAAAAGAAUACUGUCAGUGCAAGAGGCAUGAAAGUAAUGCAUGUGGCUAUUCAUGAAGCAGCUGAUACUUUGGGUGCAAGAACAGAUUUACUGGGGACCAGUAAAACCCACCUGAAUUAGAAGGCUGCAGGAAGAGCCUUCCUGCUUCCUUCAAAUAAAAUUAUUUAUUUUGUUGUUGUAAAUGCUCCUGCGUGUUUUUAAAUCUGUUACUUUUAAAAUAUGUUUAAAAAAUUAAAGUGUUAACCAUAAUGUCCCAAACAACUG